AUGGCGAGCGGACAUAGCCCUUACGCAUCUCCGACUGUGGUCGACCCCUCUCUAGGGCCAUACUACAGCCAGUCAAACAAUGGUGCUGCGCAUCAUGGUGCUACGCAUCAUCUACAGCAUCCGGAGAUUGAUGAUGAUCUGGCCCUCCGCGCAGAGUUGAGCAGGUCCCUGGGCCUGAACCACUCGACUCACGAGUCGGCAAACACGUCGCAUCAACACUCGCCGCAACCACAUGACGACUUGCAUCAUGUCCAGCAGCAGCAACAUGCCCAACCAGCACCAUUGCCCUCGCAACAAACAUCGCCGUCGCAACACGCCGUGAACCCCGACCUCCUGCCCGAGCACCACCCGAGUCCACCACCGGGUCAACACACCGCCGACAACAAUAGGGACAAACGAAGCAAGGUUAGCCGGGCAUGCGACGAAUGUCGCCGUAAGAAGAUUCGUUGCGAUGCCUUGAACGAGCAUGAGACAUGUACCAACUGCAAGCGCUCCAAUUCGGCAUGCGCUUUCAGUCGCCAGCCCNUGAAGAGAGGUCCAAGUAAGGGCUACAUUAAAGAGCUCGCAGAGCGCUUGAACGCUCUCGAGGGUCAGAUGCAACCCCAACAACAUGGACAUGUCGAUCAGGAACUACAGUCAUUGCUCGCAGAAGCAGCCUAUGUUACACGCGACCAUCAUUCACCGCCCCGUCAAGCCGGCCAGAAACGAAGACUCUCACAAACCGACACGAUAGUCAUCGAUCCACCGGUCCUGGCUCCUCGACCUGCUCCAGCGCCGCAAACAAUUCAACCUGCCAACCAAACCCCUGCUCCUGCUCCUGCUCCUCUGCAUACAUAUGGAAACCCCUACUCUCGCGACUCGCGAACGUCGCCGUAUCCCGUCCAACAAACCUACCGUCAAGACAUGAGGCCCACGCCCCAACCACAACCCAUCAACACACAACCCUUUUUCAAGUAUGGUGGAGACACUCGCCGUCACGAAAGCGUUAGUAUUCCUUUCGAUACGCAAGCAGGUGUACCCACACUGGUCGAGUGGGAUGAAGAAGUCGUCGACGAGUAUUAUCGCACUAUACACCAGACCUUCCCUUUACUACCCCACUCAAAGCACCGUCUGCGCAUGCGCCUGGCUGAAUGUCCUUUGACGUUACGAGAGGCUUUCUUGACUGUCUUGGAGUGCACGAUGCGGACUUUUCCUUCCUUCUCAUCAACGCUUAGACCUCAACAUACAUAUGCUCCUAUGAUGAAACGAGCCGCUGAGUUGCUUGCCGGCUACCCUUUUGAAAAUCCAGCUACACACAAUAGUGGGACUAAUCUGGUCUACCUGCAAACUCUCCUGUUGAUGGCUCUAGAGUCUGAUAACCAUGGUCCAGCAACAGUCAGGGGUCAAGCUGGACCUUCGCGCGCAGAGUGGUUAGGAAGAGCUGCCGGUGUCGCAGGACAAUUGGAAAUUAAUCUGAUUCGACCGCGCGAACGCUUCGCUACCGAAGGCGACCCGGACUCUGAAGAAAGACUAGCGAGAAGAGUAUGGUGGGUACUGUUCAUCCUCGACCGCUGGCAUGCUUCUAGUACCUCGGACCUACUCAAGCUGCCCGAGAACAGUGUCGUUCUAUUACCUGAAGACCAGAUUCUACUCGGUGAAUCGACAUAUCAUCUAGCACGUCUCUCCUUCAUCAUAGGACACCUCGCCGCCAUUCUCACCACAACAAAAACACCAGAAACCAACGUUAUGGCCCCUUCAAACCCAGCCUCCUCACUUCUAGGCUUGACACUAGCAGGCGAGAUCGACCGUUUCCGCGAAUCAGUAGAAAGUGUCUGGGGCUCAUUGAACCUGGUCCAUCUCUCCUACCAUCACUGCCACCUCCUCAUCAAACGCCUCAACCCUACAACAGAGCCUACCGAAUUGAUCGGCCAUGCAGUCAAAGUGGCCACAGUAUUAAACCAACGUCAAACACCCAUCACACCGCUAAACCACCACUUUGCAGCCUUAGCAGCAAUGACCCUAUGCGAACUCGUAGACAUAGAAAAAACACGCGCCGAAGCCAUCAGAGGCCUCGAGCACAUCUCCGAAGCUUUAGGCUUCGGUCGCGGUCUCGCCGGCCACGAAAAGUCCACAGGUUGGGAUUCUGCAAUCAGAGAUUUGAUAGUGCAAAAGCGAAACAAGUUGCAAUUGAUUCUCGGCGGAAUUGAAAAACUGCCGCCGGGCUUGCAGCAUCUGGCGCAUGCUUCUGCUGGUGAAGGUGGCAAUGGAACUUUGACGCCUAGCUCGGCGCAAGGCAAUGUUGCUGCUACUAGUGUGGCGGGAGAGAAUGGACGGCCUGGCAAAUUUGAUCCUACCAUGUUGACUAGGUAUGGGUAUCUCACUGCUUUGGGACAGGGUAUGUUCGUCUCCAAGUGA